AUGGACAGACGUUCAGCUCAAUCCGAAGUCAUGGUUUCACGACAUCGACCGAUUUCCCCAGGGGGCGGCGGCGGCCAAUACGCACGGCCUGGCGACGCGAGGGCGCAUUACGUAAGCCUCAAAGCGAACGUCGAUUUACUCAAGCUGAUCCAAAUCGGCCUUACUUUAUCGGACGGCAACGGAAAUUUACCAGAUCUUGGUACAAAAAACCAUUACAUUUGGGAAUUCAAUUUCAAAGACUUCAAUGUUGCAAAUGAUGCCCACGCGCACGAUUCCGUCGAGCUUCUUCGUCGUCAAGGCAUAGAUUUCGAAAAGAACCGAGAAUUGGGGAUCGACACGGUCCGGUUCGCGGAACUCAUGAUGUCAUCGGGACUCGUCUUAAACGAAGCCGUUACGUGGGUGACUUUCCACUGCGCGUACGAUUUCGGAUACCUUGUGAAAUGCUUAACAGGUGAGUUAUUACCGCACCAACUCACAGAUUUCUUGAACGUCGUGCGAAUGUUCUUUGGGGACAGAGUCUACGAUGUCAAACACUUGAUGAGGUUCUGCGCUGGAUUAUACGGAGGACUUGACCGUGCGAGUAAAGCACUGGGAGUGGAGCGCGUGAUUGGGAAGAGUCAUCAGGCCGGUUCCGAUAGCUUACUGACAUUGGACGCCUGGUUGGAGGUCAAGAAAAGGUAUUUUGGGAAGGAGGAUUCGGUUGAGAAGUAUGCGAAUGUUCUUUAUGGUUUAGAAGUUGACUCUUUAUGAACAUUAAUGAAUUUGUGUUGGUGUCUUCAUGUUUGAAAGAAAUCUCAUUGCUUUUGUAGAUUUUCUGGGCAAUUGUGUUUAGGUAGUUAGAUUCUUGUACACACAUUUUGUGGGUUAUCGAUCAAUCGUCAAUAUUAAAAUUAGCUCAUUUUAAUUCUUUUAAA